AUGAGUUGGGGAUAGCCAGAAUAAGUACCUUAGUAAGAAUAAUCUUGGGGUAAUAAUACAUAAUAAUCAACAUGGGGAAAUAGUGAAUAAACAUGGGGAAAUAAUGGUGAUUAAGGAUAGGAUAAUAAUAAUAAGGCUGCUUGGGGAGAUUCAAAUAAUGGUUAAGAGAAUAAGGAAUUUCGAGGAAGAGGUGGAAGAGGUGGAAGAGGAGAUAGAGGUGGAAGAGGAAGAGGAGGGGAUAGAGGAGGUAGAGGAGGUAGAGGUAGAGGAAGAGGUAAUAAUGAUAACAAGGAGGAAGGAGAGAUUAAAACUUAAAAUGAUGUUGGAGGAGGAUGGGGUUAAUAAACAUAAGAAGGAUGGGGUUAAAAUUAAUAAGAAAAUAAAGAACAAUAAGGAAAUAAUGGUGGGAAUACUUGGGGUGGAUAAUAAGGAGAAGUACCUAUUGAAAAUGGUGGAGGUUGGGGAUAAUAAAAUACAGAAACAUAAGGAUGGGGAGGAAAUCAAGAAACAAAUAAUUAAGAUGGUUAAUAAGAUGAUUCAAGAGGAAAAGGAGGAAAAGGUAAAAAAAGAGAUUCUCCUCCACCUGCUAAAAGAGUUAGACCUAAUCCUAUUGUUAUUACAGUUGAAGAUGAUGAAGAUAGUGAAACCUAAAAUAUUAUUAUUAAUGAAUAUCCUUGCUUGUAAAAUAAAUAAAAAGGAUUUAUCAAAAGCGAAGAAUAAUAAAUUUGUUUUGAAGGAAAUAUUAAAAUUGAUGAAAAUAUUAUUAAUACUCAAUUUAUUAGUUUUGACACAGAACUAAAAGUUAAAAUUGAAUAAAUUGAAGAUUACACACUUGAAAAUUCUAAGGAAUUGCUUAAGACUAUUGGAGAUUAAAUUAUUGUAGGAAUUGUUUAAGGAGUUGAUAAAGAUAAUUAAAAAGCUAUUAACAAAUUAGCAGAUAAUUUAUUAGAUAAAUAGCAAUCAAUUCACUUCAAAGAUGUCAGUCUAUUUAGUAUUAAAUAAUUAUACAAGGGACAAAGCACUUCAAGACUAGCUUUUGUGAAGUAGAUUUAAGCUUGAAAAUUAU